AUGAUGGAUAAUGUCUCUGUUAUAACAACAUUCUUUCUUUCAGGUUUACAUGAAACAAUGAACUACAGACGUGCUCUGUUCUUUAUCACUUUACUGUGUUACUGUUUUAUUUUGUUGGUAAAUAUUACUCUCAUUGUGACCAUCAUCGUAGAUAAAGACCUGCAUGAACCAAUGUAUAUUUUACUAUGUACUUUUUGCAUAAACGGACUUUAUGGGACAGCAGGUUUCUAUCCCAAGUUUCUCUGGGAUCUGCUUUCUCCUGUUCACGUCAUCUCUUAUUCUGGAUGUCUUGUUCAGGCUCAUAUAAUGUACUCAUUUGCCUGCUCAGAUCUUUUUAUUCUUUCCGUCAUGGCAUAUGACAGAUAUGUGGCUAUAUGUCGACCACUGGAGUACCACUCUGUCAUGACAAAGCAAAGACUCAUUAAGUUAGUGUGUUACUCUUGGAUAACACCUUUUUGCAUCAUGGGCACAAAUAUUUUUCUGACAUCUAGAUUAAAGUUAUGCAGCCCAUAUAUUUCCAGGCUUUUUUGUGUGAAUUGGAUUAUUGUUAAACUUGCUUGUUUCCCAGCUGAAACUACCCUUAAUGGCGUAGUUGCGUACAUAACAAUAGCCUUUUAUAUCUUGCAUGCCUUCUUUAUAAUUUGGUCCUACAUGUAUCUCAUUAAAACAUGUGUGCAUUCAAUAGAAAACAGGGCAAAGUUCAUGCAAACAUGUGUGCCACAUUUAACCUCCGUGCUCAUUUUUCUUGUGGCUAUAGUGUCUGAUGUAUUGAAUAUUCGAUUUGGCUCAAACGAUUUACCACAAACCCUUCAAAACUUUGUUGCUAUAGAAUUCCUUGUCAUACCUCCCUUAAUGAAUCCUCUCAUUUAUGGUUUCAAAUUGACCAAAAUUAGAAACAGAAUUCCGGGUGUCAUUACUUUAAAAACUAAAUGA